AUGAAGCCGACAGUGAGCGGCGCUGCAGAUCCUUCUUCCACAGCACCGGCAGACAACAACGCAGGCAGGAGGAGGAGGCAGCACCGGGCUCCCUCGCCGGCUACAGCCCAGGAGGGGGCAUUAAAGAUUGUUCCCAGACACCCGGGCAGCUCCAGGCCUCCUGAUCGUGCACGGAGAAGCGGGGAUCUUGGGUUGAGGGACAGCCUGAGCACCGCAGACAGAAGGGAGAGGGAGCCCGAGAGCCGCGGAGGCGCAGCUGUUCACCCGGAUGGUGCUGAAGCUGAGCUUGUCAGACCAAACAGGGCGGAUGCUGUCGAGGAAGAUCCGGCAGAUUUCCCAGUACCGACUCUAGGCUCUGCCUUAUCCCGCUUUAAAGGUGACUCCACACAGCCUUUGUUUUCCGGUAGAGCUUAUUCGCUGAGAGAAAAGGAGAGGAAGCCAGCUGAGAGAAGCGGACACGGGAAGAGAACCGACGUGUUCGCGGCCUGUGGAGCGGGCCUCGGUUUGGGUCUGUGGAAAGGGCGAUGCUUACAGGCUGAGCUGAUUCACUUCCACUUGCAGAAGAGACUCAAGAGGAGGGGAGCCAAGAUGCAAGCCAAAGCGGACAGCACUGGGACGUCGGAGACCGCCGUGGAAGAGCCGGAGCGGGCUGCAGAGGCGACAGAGGCGGGGUCCGUGACACAGCAGGACCAGGCCCUGGAGGAGGAGAUGGACAGGCUGCUGGAGGAAAACGAAGAUCUCAAGUGUGAGAUUGAAGAAAUGAGGGCCGAGAUGGACGAGAUGCGAGACACUUUCUAUGAAGAAGACACUUGCCAGCUCCAGGAAAUGAGGCGUGAGCUAGAGAGAGCCAAUUCUCAAAAGAGAAGAGGAAGCAAGGACGUCCAGAAGAGUGACAAGAAAGCAGCACAGACUCCCACUGAGGAGGACAAUGAGGACCUGAAGUGCCAGCUAGCUUUCAUCAAAGAGGAGGCUGUGCUUAUGAGGAAGAAAACUGCCAAGAUUGACAAGGAGAAGGACCGGCUAGAGCAAGAGCUGCAGAAAUACCGCUCGUUCUAUGGAGAACUUGACAGUACCCACCCAAAAGGGGAGGCUGGGGGGCCACCCACCACGCGUGAGUCAGAGCUGAAGCUACGCCUUCGGCUGGUGGAGGAGGAAGCCAACAUCCUCGGGAGAAAGAUAGUUGAGUUAGAGGUUGAGAACCGUGGCUUGAGGGCUGAGCUUGAUGACCUCCGUGGAGAAGGAGAGAGCGGUGGAGGCUCGGGUUGUGGAGCGACGGGUGGGCCGGGCGCAGGCCGA